GUUAAGUGACUUGCCCAGGGUCACACAACUAGCACGUGUCUGAGGCUGGAUUUGAACUCAGGAAGAAGAGUCUUCCAAAGUGGCACUUGAAAGGGUAGCCUCUCCCCCCCCUUCCCUCUAUGUGUUUUUGCCUUCUCCCAUUAAAGUAUAAGCUCCUUGAGGGCAUGGAUUGUCUUGCUUUUGCUUCUGUUUAUGUCCCUGGGACUUAGCACAGUGCCUGCUACAUAGGAAUGCUUGAUAGAUGCUUCCUCUGUUUGUUUAUUUAGAAGGCCCAGGACUGCCUUUCAAUAGUCUGGGGCCAGGCAUUAUGAGCCCUGGGGCUCACUAAUUAUCCAUAAAAUGGUAGGGUUGGGGACAAUCUCGAAGGCUUCCACAGAUGAUUCCCUUUGCCUUUGAGCUCUGGGCCUCUCAGCCUCAGUUUCCUUAUUUGUUAAAAAGGAGGGGCCAGUCACCCAUUGCUUCUGGGUGUUGUGGGCAGGAAUGUAGGCUGGGUCUGAGGAAUGGAGAGGAGGGGAGGAAGGACAGGCUGGCGUGUGUGGAGGGCAUGAAGGGGUCAGGCCCUUCUCUUUGUUGGCUUCCCCCCACUUCUCUUCCUCCUCCCCUUCCCUCCCUGUCCUCCUCCACCCAAGGCUAUUACCUGUGUCACCUGGAGCUCAGAGAAAGGAGAAGCAGCCGGGGUGAAAGUCCAAAAGGAUAGUGUAGGCUGGGAGCCCCGGACACCGGUCUGUCUCCUCUCCUCUCUCUCCCUCCUCUCUCUUCUCUGUUUUCCCUCCGGUGUCUGGAGUCAUGAGUGGGCUCUCCCCUGGGCCCCGGCAUCUGCUCAGUGUGGUGGUGGUGAGUGUCCCUGCUAUGGGGGAAGGGGCUGCUGCUUCACACACCCAAGUCCCUGGGUGGCCAAGGCUUGUGGGGGUUGGGGACUCCUAAGCUCCUGAGGAACUGGGAGCUAGAGGAAUGGAUGGGGUCCCUGACAGAGUGGUCUUUGGGCCUGAAGGCCUGGACCCUUAACAGGGAUAAGCUGGAGGGAAGUUCCAAGGACUGGGAAUCCUGGGUCCCGCCUAUGAUAUCUGAUUGUUAGCUCUCCUAGCCACUCACCCGGAAGCUUGUCCUGGGGGUUCAGCUUUCCAGCCUCCUUCUCUUCCCAGGAGUCCAAGCAUCCGGUCCCCCAACCUGCCGCCCCUGGCCUUGCACUCGGAGCUAACUCUCUUGGCCUGGAGCCAAUAGUGAUGGCUGAGUGUUGUCAGCUGCACUGAGUCACAGACUUGGAUUUCCCUGGGUCUCCUUCCUUCUUCCUUUCGAGAAAAUGGGCGGGCUGAGAUGGGGGUGAACUUUGUCUGAAGGAGUUGCUGAAGGAAGAGGGAAUUCCAGCCCUGCCUGCUUUCAGCUGCAGGGCUCUGGGGCACCUUUCAUGUCUUCUUCCCAACAGGUACUGGUGAGCUGGACAGUGUCCUUGGCAGCUGCCCAGGAUGAGAUCUCAGCCUUAUAUGCAGAGAAGCAGACCAAUAUCUCCAUCACCCUGAAGUGGGAGCCCCCUAAUAAGAACUACACUGUCACCUGGACUAAGGAUGGCCAGUUCAUUGGGACAGACAACACAUCAGAUACGCAGUACACUGUGGAGGACCUCGAACCUGGGACCACAUAUGAGUUCACUGUCACAGUGCAGGGAAGCAGCUCUGGAAGGACCCUCAGUGCAUCCACAUUGCCCAAUGAGGUCCAAGACCUCAGGAUGGAUGCCCGGAGCAACAGCUCAGUCACCCUGAAGUGGCUGGCCCCUGACGGCCCGCAGCCUGAAGAUCACACCUACUGGGUCAGCUGGGGCACAGAGGAUGGCCUUCUUGGUCAAGACCACACAGCAGAGAUGGAGUAUACGGUGGUCACCCUAAGUGCUGCCACAUUGUACAAUUUCACAGUGAGGGCUUCAAAGAAUGGUGUCAACAGCUCUGGCCAGAGCAUCCAGGAGGCCACAGUGCCCAAUGAGGUCCAAGACCUCAGGAUGGAUGCCCGGAGCAACAGCUCAGUCACCCUGAAGUGGCUGGCCCCUGACGGCCCGCAGCCUGAAGAUCACACCUACUGGGUCAGCUGGGGCACAGAGGAUGGCCUUCUUGGUCAAGACCACACAGCAGAGAUGGAGUAUACGGUGGUCACCCUAAGUGCUGCCACAUUGUACAAUUUCACAGUGAGGGCUUCAAAGAAUGGUGUCAACAGCUCUGGCCAGAGCAUCCAGGAGGCCACAGUGCCCAAUGAGGUCCAAGACCUCAGGAUGGAUGCCCGGAGCAACAGCUCAGUCACCCUGAAGUGGCUGGCCCCUGACAGCUCUCAGCUUGAAGGUUACACCUACUGGGUCAGCUGGGGCACAGAGGAUGGCCUUCUUGGUCAAGACCACACAGCAGAGAUGGAGUAUACGGUGGUCACCCUAAGUGCUGCCACAUUGUACAAUUUCACAGUGAGGGCUUCAAAGAAUGGUGUCAACAGCUCUGGCCAGAGCAUCCAGGAGGCCACAGUGCCCAAUGAGGUCAGAGACCUCAGGAUGGAUGCCCGGAGCAACAGCUCAGUCACCCUGAAGUGGCUGGCCCCUGAUGGCCCCCAGUCUGCAUAUUACACCUACUGGAUCAGCUGGACUGGGGAGGGUGCUGCCACAAAAACGGCCAACACCACGGCUGAUGGGUAUACUGCGGAGCUCCUGGAACCUGGAAGCCCAUAUGAAUUCACAGUACAUAGCAUGAGCAAUGAAGUCAGUAGUUCUGCCCAGAUGCUGCGGGUGUUCACAGAACCCAAUGAGGUCAGAAACCUGGAGGUAGUGAGACAGACCAACAAUUCCAUUGCAUUCAGUUGGAUGGCACCUGAGGGACCCACUAAUCCCAUGUACAAAGUGUCCUGGUUCUUAUCUGAAGCCCAUGAGAGGCAGGACUUCAUUAACAGGACCGACUUCACUAACGGGACCAACUUCACUGCUGAAGGCCUGACUCCUGGGACUUGGUACCUAUUCUUGGUGAGGUCUGUGACAGAGGAUGAAGCCCAGAGUCCAGAAAGGGCAGUCAACGCCUCCACAGCCCCAGACCCUGUCACCAUCACCUCCUGCACCAGCGCUGCUGCAGGCUAUGCGGUUGUCCUGACGCUGGUUUGCCCUGCGGGGAACCAGGAGAGCUUUGAGUAUGCCGUGGGUAAUCAUCGAGGCACGUGGUUUCACCCCUGCACCAGCCCCCAGUCUGUCGGGGGACUCCAGCCAGCCCGGUCCUACAAGGCCACCGUGACGUCUCUUUGGGCCGGGAUGAAUGCCAUCUCAGCUCCAGUGACCUGCCAUACAGAGAGCGGAGGGGUCAUUGCAGGAGCCAUCAUCGGAAUCCUCCUCUUUAUCCUUCUUGUGGGCUUGCUCAUCUUCUUUCGUCGACGACGGCGUCAGAGGAAGUCUGUGCAGGAGAAACCUCAAAGCCUAGAUAUGGCCUUCAGCUCCCUGGGAGACAUCCCUGCAGAGAAUUUGGCAGCCUACAUCAUGGAGAAUCAGAAAGACAGUAACUAUGGAUUUGCAGAGGAGUAUCAGCAACUGGCUCUGGAAGGCACAGGGCAGAUGCAAACAGCUGCCUUGGUCCUGGAGAACAAGAGCAAGAAUCGAUUUUCUAAUGUGCUGCCUUAUGACUGGUCUCGAGUCCCCCUACAGCCCAUCCCAGGGGAUCCCAGCUCUGACUACAUCAAUGCCAGCUUCAUUCCAGGUCUCAUUGAUCCCCGGGAGUACAUCGCCACCCAGGGACCACUCCCCCAGACAGUGAGCGACUUCUGGCGCCUGGUGUGGGAUCAGCAAAGCCACACUAUCGUCAUGCUGACCAACUGCGUGGAGUCUGGGCGGGUCAAAUGUGAACAUUACUGGCCUCUGGAUGCCAAACCUUGCAGCCACGGGAACCUUCGGGUGACUCUGAAAGAGGAAUAUGUGUCUGAACACUGGACCAUUCGAGACUUGCAUCUGUUCCAUAUGGAGCUCAAGGAAGACCUGUUUGUGCGCCAAUUCCACUAUACUGUCUGGCCAGACCAUGGGGUUCCUUGGUCCCCAGACCCAGUGCUGGCUUUCCAAGCCCUGCUCCGGAAAUGGCUGGACCAGGGCCUGGGGGGUGGCCCUCCCAUUGUACAUUGCAGUGCUGGUGUAGGUCGCACAGGGACCCUCAUAGCCCUGGAUGUCCUGCUGAGGCAACUGCAGAAAUACCAUCAGGUCGGGGUCCAGUCCUUCGUCAGAAAGAUGAGGAAGAGCCGCCCACUGAUGGUGCAGACCGAGGGACAGUAUGUAUUUUUGUACCAGACUCUCCUGAGGUUUCUGCAGCUGUCCCAGGACAGUGGGGACAACGAAAGAGAUGAAGAAAGUGUCUUGUAUGAGAACAUAGAGGCCAUCCAGGCCUACGAGCAGGAGAUUGGUGUGAGAUAACAGCCCACGCUUCCUGGAGUUCAGGGUUCAGGAUGCUCUCCCCCAUGAGAUCCCAGACCCUAGAAUCUCUGAAGAAUCAGGAGCUGGGGGUGGGAGCACCUGGGUCCUUGAUGGGGAGAAGCAGAGGAUCCAGAUGUCUGGGUCCCUCACUGACAUCAAAUUAUGUGAUGGGGAUUUGGGGAGAUCUCUGAGGGGCUGAGCCCUGUCCUCCCCCAGGGGCUGAGGAAGUCUCCUGUGCUCCUGUUGUGACCUUAUCCUCUAAUACAACCUGUAUAUAUUGUGCUUUUAAUUUAUUAAAUCAGUACU